AUGGAUUUCACCACGUCCAUGGAUCUCGUGAAAAGAGGGCACUACGACGACCGGUUCAGAUUGAAGUCGGGCCAGGCCGCGACCAGCACCAUGAUCCUCGGCGCAGAAAUGCAUCUGGACAAGUUCGAGAAAAUCCUGGCUCAGCUGCGCCAGACAGCAGACUACCCGGACCCCGGGCUUAAUCCGUGCGACCUGCCCUACGAGCGCAUGGUGCUGGUCCAGCUGGACGGCUAUCUCCACAGCUACAGGAACGAGAUCGAGAUGAAGAAAACGCGAUUGAAGCUGCUCACCCCGGACAUGAUCAAGCAGGAGCUGCCGUCGGACGCCAAUCUGCGGGACUUCCUCAGGCGCGUGCAGCAGUACGUGCCCAGAAGUCUGCGCGAGCCUUUGGAAGAGCGCUACAGGCUGUCGGAGCUGCUGGGCGCGAAGCGGAAACUGGAGCCCGACCACUCGCUGAAGGAGAGCCAGGAGAGCAAACGGGCUGUUCCGUCUUUCAAGCCGCACACACCCAAUUUCGUCGACACGAACGAGGUGCUGGACCUCGUGACUGCGCCAGAGGCGUUGCCGGAGUACUCUGAGUGUCCGCAAGUGCGGCUGUGGCAGCUCGACUCGAUCGACGCAGACGUCGUCCUCGUGUCGGCACAGAUCGUCGGCUAUGUUCCUCCGCAGCUGCCGCUGCUUGCGCAAAACACAAAGAACCAGCUUGUCAUAGUCGACGACUUCAAGGUGUACAUAUCGUCGGAGGACGGCUCGGAGCAGUACGCGGUCGAGUUUGAGGACACGGACGCGAUCCUGCGGUUCUACGGGCUCGACGAGCUCGACGCACGCACGCAGGAGCACAUCAAGUUCCACACGAUGCGGGCCGUCAACAAGGUCUGUACGAUGGCUCUGCGGCGCGUACACAUCGCCAACUCUAUUUGCAGCUACUCGGCCUGGACGUUUGCCGAGCCGCUCAAGCGGAUCACGAGAAAAAAUAGCUGA